UGGAGCAGACACUGCCACCCUUCCUUCGCUUCACCUAUCGCCACGUGUUUCCCCAGCGGCCACGACAUAUCCUUCCCUAUUUACGUUCUCAUUGCAAGCUGCGCACAGAUACAGGCGUCUCUUGUUCAUUUCGCUAAAACUUCAGUUCAAAGCUCUUUCACUCUCUAAUCUACCGUUUCCGGUUCCGCAAUGGACGCGGCUCCGCAGCUCGUCUACGGCGGAAUCGAGCCCCGGCGGUUCAUUUUACCUGCGCGCUAUGCGUCACCGACUAGAAUUACUGUUCGGAAACGAACCAACCGUGUUCUUGCUGUCGCCACCGAGCCGAAACCUGCGCAGACCGGAGCAGAUAAAUCGUCGUCACCAAAAAAUCUCAAUGGCUCAUCAAGGUCUCCUCCUUCCAAAGGCUUUGCCUCAAGAUCUUCGCCGUUGAAACCGGUCACCGGAGCUUCCACAAGGAUCGGGGAUGUUUCUCAGGAGAUCAAAAGAGUGAGGGCGCAAAUGGAAGAAAACGAGGAGUUGGCGAUACUAAUGAAAGGACUUCGAGGCCAAAAUUUGAGAGAUGCUCAGUUUGCCGAUGACAAUAUUAAGCUUCGCCUAGUUGAGCUAGAUGAGAGCAGUGAGUUUUUACCUUUGGUAUAUGAUCCUGCUAGCAUUGCCACUUAUUGGGGAAAAAGGCCUCGUGCUGUUGCCACAAGAGCUCUCCAGUUGCUCUCUGUUGCGGGAGGUUUUCUAUCUCGACUUGCUUGGGAUAUUAUAAACAAGAAGGUCAAAGAGAAUGAAGUUGCUAGAGCCAUUGAAUUAAGGGAAAUUGUAACCUCUUUAGGUCCAGCAUAUAUAAAACUUGGUCAAGCAUUGAGUAUUCGUCCAGAUAUACUGUCACCUGUUGCAAUGACUGAGCUACAAAAGCUUUGUGAUAAGGUUCCCUCAUUUCCAGAUGAUGUUGCAAUGGCUCUUAUUGAGGAGGAGCUUGGUCAGCCAUGGCAUGAAAUGUAUUCUGAGCUUUCUUCUUCUCCAAUUGCUGCAGCAUCUCUUGGGCAGGUAUAUAAGGGUCGCCUAAAAGAGAAUGGGGAUCUGGUGGCUGUCAAGGUUCAGAGACCCUUUGUGCUUGAAACAGUAACGGUAGAUCUGUACAUCAUACGAAAUUUGGGAUUGGUUCUCAGAAAGUUUCCUCAGAUAUCUAUAGAUGUUGUUGGGUUGGUUGAUGAAUGGGCUGCUCGUUUUUUUGAGGAACUAGAUUAUGUUAAUGAAGGUGAAAAUGCUUCUCAGUUUGCAGAAAUGAUGAGGAAGGACCUUCCGCAGGUGGUUGUACCAAAGACUUAUAAGAAGUAUACCUCAAGAAAGGUUAUUACCUCACAAUGGAUUGAUGGAGAAAAACUCUCACAGAGUACAGAAAGUGAUGUUGGGGAAUUGGUCAAUGUGGGAGUCAUAUGCUACCUGAAGCAGUUGCUUGAUACUGGAUUUUUCCAUGCUGAUCCUCACCCCGGGAAUUUGAUCCGCACUCCAGAUGGGAAGUUAGCCAUUCUCGACUUCGGUCUGGUCACAAAAUUAACAGAUGAUCAGAAAUAUGGAAUGAUUGAAGCUAUAGCCCAUCUCAUACAUCGGGAUUAUGAUGCUAUUGUAAAAGAUUUUGUUAAACUUGAUUUCAUCCCUGAGGGAGUUAAUUUGGCACCUAUCUUGCCAGUCCUGGCUAAGGUUUUUGAUCAAGCACUUGAAGGUGGAGGAGCAAAAAAUAUUAACUUUCAGGAGCUAGCUUCAGAUCUGGCUCAAAUAACAUUUGAUUAUCCAUUUAGAAUACCACCUUAUUUUGCCCUCAUAAUUAGGGCAAUAGGUGUUCUGGAAGGUAUAGCUUUAGUGGGCAAUCCUGAUUUUGCUAUUGUAGAUGAGGCCUAUCCAUAUAUUGCACAGAGGCUUCUCACUGAUGAAUCCCCUCGUCUAAGGAAUGCUUUACGCUAUACAAUUUAUGGGAAGUCUGGUGUUUUUGAUGCUGAAAGAUUCAUCGAUGUCAUGCAAGCCUUUGAGACUUUCAUCACUGCUGCGAAAAGUGGAGGUGGAGAAAAUUUGAAAGGGAAUAUGGCCGAACUUGGCAUUCUGCAAAGCACAGGUUCUAUCUUUCCUGGAUUUACAUUAAGUACAUCUCAAUCGUCGCGGCCAAUUAAAACCAGGGCUGCCUUAGCAUUUUUGCUUUCCGAGAAGGGGAACUUUUUUAGAGAAUUUCUUCUGGAUGAGGUGGUAAAAGGUAUUGAUGCUGUUACAAGGGAACAGCUCGUACAAAUACUGGCAAUCCUUGGAGUGGGAAAUGCUCGCCCAGUUUUCAGCAUGGUGCCUGGACCAUUUAAGCCUGCAGGACUUCUGCCGACCAUAACUGAAGAGGACAGAAUUAUCUUGAAUAACGUUCAGAAAAUUGUUGAGUUUUUAACUGCAGGAUCAAGGUCAUCGAGUCAGGAUAUGAAUGUUGCGCAGAUCAUACAAGAGCUGCUUCCUGAUUUGCCAGGCAUCUCAGCGAGAGUGCUUCCUGAGGUGCUUACACGGCUUUCGUCUCGUGUAGCAGCACGCAUAAUUAGAGACACAUUUGUGUAGAUACCUUUUGACGUAACCGUGCCGAUUCCCCAAUUGUGCAUAGAUUUAUAUACUGGGACACUAAUGUAUACUGCAGGCAUCAUCUAAGCUAGAAAUGAAGCAUAGCGCAGUUCCGUUAUUGAAUGGCCUGCAUAAAAAGAAAAAGGGCUUGCACUAAGCCUAAUGGAUUGUUUUUGCAAUAAAUGAAAAAGAAAUUUUCACUGCGUA